UGUCAUAAGGCUGUGAUGUCUUGCUGCAUCUUCAAAGAAUUUAAAGCUGAUCUCACAACGUUAAGGAAACCUCUUAGAUCGGCGGCUGCCGCGAAAUCUACUCAACUCUGCCCCAACCCAAAUAACAUAUCUAUCUAACCCCCCUCCCAUCCAGCCAGAUUCUCCUCCAUCCUGUGCCACCCAGUCUCUCUCUCUCUCCUCGCACCCUUAGUUCCUCUUUUCCCCCCUGGCCCCCCACCCCUCCACUGGGCGGUGUAUAAAGGAGUGCAUGUUGCCGUGUGCCCCUCCUCUCCAUAGUGUCUGGAUAAUAGCGGGUGUAACGUGGGUUUGAACUUGCAGGGCUGAGAGGUGGAAGAGGUCUGAGAAGACAGCUGGGUUCUCCUGCGCCUCUGAUUUGUAUUCGGGACCUUCGGGACAUUCCAGUGGAAACGUUUUAAGAGGCAAACUUGACACGAGAUUACUGGAUUUGUGGACAGUUUUACAGGGAUAUACAAGAUCGUGCUGAGAUGAUUCCACAGAUCAUCAUAUACCUGCUCUGCUGGGUGUGUCUGUGUUGUUGCCGUCUUCAACCAGGACCAUCACAGGGAAUAAUGAUGACGACUUCAUCUGUAAGUGGUUCGCUGGCGGGCAGCGUGGUGCUGCCGUGCCACUUCUCCAUAACGCCACCAUCUCCCGGCACACCGACACCGGCUGAACCUACGCACUCAAGCGAAGUUCUUUACGUCGCCAGUCCUGACGAGCAGCUCAGGAUCAAAUGGACAAAGCAGGAGGGAGAGGUGGAGAAGGUGGUGCUGGUCACCCAGGGAGGCAUCCAGAAGGUGGGUCAGGAAUACAAGGGCAGGGUGUCGGCGCCCAGCCACCCGAUGUCAAUCGGGGAAGCCUCUCUGAUGAUCGUCCGGCUCAGGGCAAGCGACGCAGGACUUUACAAGUGUGAAGUUAUGCACGGGAUAGAGGACAGUUGGGGCACUGCCAUCCUCAGUGUCGCUGGUGUGGUGUUCCACUACCGGACCAACACAAGCCGCUACACCCUCGAUUUCCCACAAGCUGUUGAAACGUGCUCGGCUGUAGGUGGCACCAUCGCUACACCCGAACAGCUGAGUGCUGCUUUUGAAGACGGCUUUGACCAGUGUGACGCCGGCUGGCUGUUCGACCAGACGGUCAGAUACCCAAUCACAGUGCCCCGACCUGGUUGCAUGGGUAAUCUCCACAGCAGGCCUGGAGUGAGAUCAUACGGCGUUCGUGACGCCACAGAGAAAUACGAUGUGUACUGCUACGUCGAUAAACUGAAUGGUGAGGUCUUCUAUCCGCCGAUCACAGGCAAGCUCACCUUACAGCAAGCGAGAGAAGAGUGCGAGAAGAACGACGCCGAGCUGGCGUCACCGGGUCAGCUGUACGCCUCCUGGAGGGCAGGACUGAACCACUGCAACUACGGCUGGCUUUCUGAUGGCAGUGUCCGCUACCCCGUCACCGUCCCCAGGCCUCAGUGUGGAGGGGGCCUGCUGGGUGUCCGCACGCUCUACAAGUAUGAAAACCUGACGGGAUUUCCAGACCCAACCGACAGGCACGGCGCUUACUGCUUCAAGGUAAAACAAACAGAGCCGACUACGAUAGCUGCACCGAUGACUCGGGCUGUGUAUGAACCUGACAGUGUUACACACAGUGUCCGUAUGUCACCAGCGGGUACUGCGGACACAGCUACCUUUGCAGCCACUGAGAGGCACCGUGCAGAAGCAGCUACACCGCAGAUGGACAGACUACUGAUCUCAACUAAAAGUCCAACUCAGAAACUACCCACAGCCACACACAGGUCUGGUGACACAACCUCUACAGACCAACACAGACCUCCCCACACAGUGAGAGACCAUUUCCACCAUCAUGGUGACACCUUUGAGACCUCUACUCCGCCAGGUGACUAUGAUGCGCCAGAUUAUGAAAAUCAAGCCAUAGUUGAGGCAGCACCAAUUGGAAGAGACACUGUGAUCCCCAUACAGAUUCCUCCAUUACCUACCUUCCCAGGCAGAGAGGAGGAAGAGGCAACUAGAACUGAAGAUGUAUCUAGAAUGUCGGAGGUGGAAGCAGAGAGCACCUCAACACAGGUGUGGGUCAGGGGUUUCACCACAGUGGCUGAGGGAAUGAUGAAAACCACACCAACACCAGGGCAUCAGCCUGGCCAGGUCACCCCAGAGGAUGCCAAACGGCUCACCCCAGAUCAAGUCACCACAGAACUCCUCACUCCAGAUCAAGUUACCACAGAACCGUUUUCUACAAACCAGGUUCCCACAGAUCUGCUCACCUUAGAUCAGGUCACCACAGAACUCCUCACUCCAGAUCAGGUCACCACAGAACUCCUCACUCCAGAUCAGGUCACCACAGAACUCCUCACUCCAGAUCAGGUCACCACAGAACUGCUCAAGCCAUAUCAGGUUAUUCCAGAAUUGUUCAUCUCAGGAAAAGUUCCUCCAGGACUACUCAUCCCGGACCAAGUUACCCCAGAUCUGCUCAUCCCAGACUCAGUUAUCAUGGACAGGGUUGAAGACGUUGAACACAUACCUGAUGGGCUUGCUGGAGGUACACUCAUGUUUAACUUGGACCAAUCACUGGCCAUUCCUGUUGUCAAGGACUCUUCAGUCAAGCCACCUUUCCAUGUCAUCAUUGUCAACGUGCAUGGGCAAAAUCAGUCUCAGUCAGUUGACAAAAUCGUGGAGAUCUUGAACCAGCCUGUCAGCGGUGUUGAUGGUUCCCAGCAACAGUUUCCCCAGAUUACCCACCUAUCAGGGGGAGCCAGUGAAUUUGUCCCUGACAUGUGGGACAGCAACGCUCUCGAGCCUUCACCCAUCAUGACGUCACCAACCAUCAGCUUUGUCAAUGGAAAACAUGAGGUGACGCUUCAAACUGAACUGCCAGAGGAAGCCAGAGGAGAUCAGUUUGAGACGGCCACUCCAGUUCAACCAAAAGAAGAGGAGGAGGAGGAGGAGGAGGAGACUGUGGCUCCUUUUGACUAUGCUGCAGUAGAAAUCCACACAGAGGACACACCCACUCAGGAACCUGGUGUUAUCAUUACACAGCCAACAGACCCAUCUGUAGCUACUCACUCAGAACAGUACACAUCCUUAAAUCCUGUCAUGAUUACAGGCAUGAAUAUUGCCUUUGAGAGUCUUGGAACACAACAAGCAGAAGAUCAGACGACGUUUAUCACUGCCACACCCCUGGACACACCCCCUGGGUCAUCUGCAGCUACUCUCACAUCAUCAGUGACAGCUGUGCCUGAUGGAUCCCAGCCUGCCGCUACCUAUGAGGACAUGGAAGGCUCAGCGAGCCGUACCACUGAUAAUGAGGCAGGCAGUGCACUGGAGGGCUCUGCAGAGGGCACUGUGCCGACCCUGGCUACAGGCAGCCAGUCAGGAGUGAGCACUGAUGAGACCGAAAUUGGGGGGGAGGAGCUUUCUACUUUUACGCCACUUGUCAUAGAAGACGCACUGAAGUCAAAUGUUACCCAGAUCCAGUUAGAAGACUAUGAGGGAUCAGCAUCGGGGGACUUUGAGGCGUCAGGUGAAUAUGAGGCGUCGGGUGAAUAUGAGGUGUCAGGUAAAUAUGAGGCGUCAGGGCAAGAUAUUUACCCAACAGAGACACACGAGGCAAUCAGCCACACACCCCUGCCAUCAUCUUCCGUCCCUCACUCUCCUGUGGGUCUGAGUGUAACCGAAUUGCCUGUAGUUCUAUCAACUCUUGACUCAGUAACCGAAAUCAUCUUAGGCGCAGAACCCCCGACCAGACACGAUGAAGUUAUGACUGAUGGCGUGGUUCAAAGCCAUCCUGAAACAAUCGCUGCACUUGAAGUUUUACAGACUGUGUCAGCUGUUACUGGCACAGGCCAAACCACACGCAUCAUGGACACCAAGCUCCAAACCUCACUGCCCAGCACGCAGGCACAGUCCAUACAGGCUUCUCCUGCUGCCACUUACAAGAAGAAACACCCCCCUCUUACUACUGAACCAGAGCACAGAGCCCCCUUUAUGACAUCACAAGAUCACACCACACGCCCCACUGAGGUCUCUAGAGGUGGAACUGAGCCAACCACCGUUAGCUCCAUGCAGCCCAUUUCCACUUCAUCCUUCUAUACCGCUGAUCAGAGCACUCUCUCCAUCCCUCAGCGGACUUUGACCCCUGACCUCACAGUCACUCCUGCACCAGAGGAUGAUUUCAAAGAGACCACGCCUCCUUUGGUGGAGUCACUCCCUCAAUUCCUCAAAGAGACCAUGGCUACCGACGGGCCUGAGACCGGCACAGGCUAUUCUGUGGAAGCCAGGACCAUGAACAUCACAGAGCUCCUGCCGUGCUCCACUAAUGUGUGUCAGAACGGAGGCUCCUGCUACAGGAGAGGAGGUGAACAUAUGUGCAUGUGUGCACCUGGUUAUACUGGCCUCUACUGUGAAACAGACAUUGAUGAGUGUCAUUCUAACGCGUGUCUGAAUGGAGCGACCUGCCUGGAUGGAGUAAACUCCUUCACCUGCUUAUGUCUGCCCAGCUACACGGGGCGACUCUGUGAACAAGAUACUGAGGUGUGUGGAUACGGUUGGCACAAGUUUGAGUCUCACUGCUACAGGUAUUUCACCCACCGUCGAACCUGGGAUGUUGCUGAGAGGGAGUGUCGCUUGCACGGUGCCCACCUGACCAGCAUCCUGUCACAAGAGGAGCAACACUUUGUCAAUCGUCUGGGCAGUGAUUACCAGUGGAUCGGACUCAACGACAGAAUGUUUGAGAGAGACUUCAGAUGGUCUGAUAGUAAAGCACUGCAAUAUGACUUCUGGAGGCCCAACCAGCCAGACAGCUUUUUCCAGUCAGGUGAAGACUGUGUGGUGAUGAUAUGGCAUGAGGAUGGACAGUGGAAUGAUGUGCCCUGUAACUAUCACCUCAGCUUCACUUGCAAAAAGGGAACAGUUGCCUGUGGCCAACCACCAGUGGUGAAGCAAGCUCGUGUGUUUGGUGCCAUGAGGCCUCGCUAUGAGAUCAAUUCUCUUGCCCGCUAUCACUGUAAGCAUGGCUAUAUUCAGAGAAACAGACCUACUAUACGCUGCCGGGACAACGGUCAAUGGGACACACCUAAGGUCACCUGUAUGACCCCUGCAUCCUACCACAGGUUAAUAACUGACAGACGACGCAGUGACCAGCAGAGUGGCCAAGAAAAUCGGUACUACAGUAAUCACAUCCAUCACACGCAGAGUCGGCAAAAACAUCCAGAACAACAGCAGAGUGAAGAUUUCCUUCAGAGCUUCUCAUUCAGAGAGAAGAGACAUCAGCACCAAGAUCCGCUCGCACACUGACGGGUUUUAUGAGCCCCCAAAUAUACCGUCACAAUUCAUACGACUAAAACAAAAGUUUGAAAAGUCAAAAAGGAGGUUUGACAAAUUUAAAUGUUGCUUUUUUUUUUUAAACUGUUCCUUUUUUUUGGCAUCUUUGGAGCCCAAUCACCUCUAAAACCUCAAACACGGCUGAUAAUACUUCACAUACACAAGUGCUAGAAAAGAAACCAAUUCACUUCAUGAUGGUGUUGUGUAUCACGAGUAUGUGCAGUAUUUCCCGACAGUACCAUGCAGGCUGUCAGUGAUCUGACAGCCUCCUAAUCACAUAGUAAGACCCUUCGGCUGCUCCCUAGUUUUGUCACUCGGGGUCGGUACAGCAGAUCCGAAGUCGAUCUGCAUGUUGAUUUGGCACACAUUUUACACCAGAUGUCCUUCCUGAUGCAACUCCAAAUUACAUGGACAAAUGUGGCAGUGGUGGGGUUUGAACCGGGAACCUUCCGUAUUGAAACCAAGCCCCGCUGCCCCUGCAGCCUACUAAUCGUACAGUUAUUGUUAAUCUUUUGAAAUUCUGUUGAAACAGUAUAUCGUACCUGUUACCUCCCCAAAAUUUGACACAUUUAUCUUGAAUCCUGCUUUAUAAAUGUUUGUGUUUUUAUUUUGUCAGGAAUUACGGAUUGUGUCCAGAAUCACUCGCGUUUUGUUUCGCUGACUUUUGUUUAACAGACUCUGUAGUGCACGUGUUGAUUCCUACUCAGUGCAUCAUUAAUGCCGCACAAUAAUUGUUGUUGCACGAAUAAUAUUUUAAAAGAUAAUGUCAAUGAUGCACUUUUAAAUGUGUAAUAUACGUGUCCGGUAACUAUGUGCACAGUAUGCUCGACGCUUUGUCAGACGCAUGUGUACACAUUCUUGUGAACACAAUAAUACAUUAUAGACACUUAGAUGUGAACGUUCUUUGCAUAUAUGUGCAUGUUAAUGAGGAUGAAAUUAUUUUUGCUGUGAAAACAGCUCAUAAACAAGUCAUGGAAGACACUUGAUACUUACACCAUAUAUACCCCAUCGGGAGUAGAUUGGCGGUUUAGAUUUUACGGUUGUUUAGUGUAUAUAUUGGCAUAUUCCUGUGGAUGAAGUGUUUAUUUGUUUUGAUUUUUUUUGCUGUUACUUGACAGUGCAUUAUGACAGAGACUCUACACUGAUACUGUGUGUAUAUUUCGAUGAUAUAAGAACAAUAGUUCAGAUGAUGACUUGCAUAAAUCUUUGCAUUAGUCAUCAAAAAAUAUUUCUUAAAAGAGCAUAUAGACUAUGUAAUGUUGACACAGAUACUUGGAAUUAAUGGUUGGUUUAUGACUAUAUUUGCAUAUUAAUGAGCAUGAAGUAGUUUCUUUUUUCUUGUGAACACAAUGGCGCUUUAACAAUAUAUGGUGCUAACAUAUAGUAUUUGCACCAUAUACCCCCUUAGACAUAUGCAUGGUUUCGAUUUUAGCGCUUGUUAGUUAUGUUUGCAUAUUAAUGAGGAUGAAGGGUAUUAUUUUUUGUUGCAUUCAUUACUUGAGAAUAUGGUAUUUACAUUGAUAAUGUGUGUAUAUUUUGGUGACACAGAUACACUAAUGUAGGCGUUAACUUGCAUAAUGAGAUCCUUAGACUUGAGGGUGGUUUUGUGAAUACAUUUGCAUAUUAAUGACGAUCAAGGGUUUUUUAUUGUAAGGACAAUAGACCUUUAACAUUUCAUGGUACAUAUUUGAUGCUUGCAACAUUACACCGUAGGUAUACCAUUCAAGAACCCUUUGAGUGGAUUAAAUUUUAGAGGGUUUUUUUGUCCAAAUAUUUGCCUUUUAAUGAGGACAUAGCAAUUUUUCUUUUAAGCACAAUAGCUCAUUAACAAUACAUGGUACACACUUGAUGCUUACACCAUAGGUACGCACUUUUGGGUAUAUGAGAUGAUUCGAUUUUAGGGUUCUUUGAUGGAUAAAUUGGUGUAUUCGAGAAGAUGAAGUAAUGUUUUUUUAGAAUGACAGACAGGUUAAUAACAAAGAAUUUACAUUCAUGACGUGUGUAUUUUGGUGAUACAAAAUGUUAAGUCAGUCACUCAGAAGUGCUUCAUGAAAGAAUACAGACUGUUGACAGUUAGAUUUAAAGGAUGUUUGCUGAAUAUAUUUGCAUAUUCAUUAGGAUUAAGUGAUUUUUUUUUUUAUUGUGAACACAAUUGUUCAUGAUGGUACACACUUGAUGCUUACGAGAUAGGUACGCCCUUCAGACCACAUGAUAUGAUUAGAUUUUAGGGAUCUUUUGUGUGUAUAUUUGCAUCUUAA